GUCGUCUUUAUAACAAGCUGUUUCAAGCUAAAGUACAUGACAACUUGAGGUACUUUCUGACAUACAUUGAUACACGGUGACACAUGGAUCUAGACGGCCCUAGUCCGAGGGUAUUCACGGCAUUGCUCUCUGGGAACGUCAAACAGCUGGCUGAGUGCAGCGAACAUGACCUUCGACCUUUCCUUCCGUCAUUGGCUCGGAUGAUAUUGUCUCCGUCUCUGGUAUCCAUGGCAACACAGUGGGAGGGAAAACGGAAGAUCAUUCGAAUGCUAAUCUCAAGCAUGGCAGAAGUUAACGCUAUACAAGAGUAUCUCGCCUUAAAUUAUAAAGAGCUGAAACAAGAUGCGAGGAGAGAGCAGCAGCUGCUUAAGAAGCUGGGCCCCCUGGAGGGCAGACCCCCCACACAGAGUGUCCUCGCAUCCUCACUCCAGUUUGGACUAGCCAUAGAGUUCGAGAGGAGCGAUUAUUUACGUCGUUUUCGGCUGUUUCUUAGCGAGAUUCUGAGGAUUAUAGCACAGCUGGACGUCUCCGGGCCGUUUAAAGUCGUCCAAUCGGAUUUGUUUGAGUGUGAGGUACACUUGGAGGAGGUGGGGGACAUUCUGUGCCUAGCUGCAGUCGAGAUGCCUGACUUGUUUAGUGUUGUGCAGCUGUCAGAGGCGCUCCUCUGUCUGGAGAGAGGUCCUCAACUACUGGCCAAAAUGGUGGCCAACAUGCCAGACACCUUCCAUCAGGUUGUGACACACCUGGUCCUGAAUGGCGAGACUUUGGAUGAGGUGUCUCUGGCUGGUCGAUGUCGUGCUAGUGCCAUCAAGACCCUCUGCAUCAUGCAUCCCACACAGGCUGCUUAUGUGCAGGGCCUGGCCAUAGACAACUGCAAACACCCCACUCUGGCACUAUGGCUAGCACUGCAGGCAGAGAAAAAUAAGGAGGUAACCAGCAGUGGGUCUGGUGUGAUCAUUCUCCUUUACAACAUUAUCAUUGUUGGAGAUGAUGAGAAGAGAGCGUGGUUUUCACAGUACCUCAAGUGUAUGCAACAGAAGUAUCGGAAACAUCGACUGUCAGCUGUUACUCAACUUCGCUCCUUCCUGAUGAAGAAACUGUGCUCAUUCUUGAAAAAGCCCUCCUCUCCUCGAGACUCCACCCCCCCUCUGCCAGAAUUGCAGAGUCAGCAAUCUUCAGACGACGAGUCCAUGGAUGAUGACGAACAAGAAGACCAAACCACACCCCCUGGAGAACAAAAGGAACCUGUCGUAUUAGACACCCUCGAGGAUUUGGUCGAUCAAAUGGAGAUCGAAAUCAGUGAUCACGAGGAUGAACAGUCGGAGCAGAAACCGGAUGUGGUUUCUACUAAAGAUGAUGAAUCUGCGGAGGUUAAAGGUCACCACCGAAAGGACAAAGGUCAGGGUAAGAAGAGAUUGCGGAGGAUGUCGACUCUAGAGGGGGCGGAGUUUCGUCCGAUAUCUCUGGACUACCAGCUCUGUGAUGAUGACAUCAUCGACCUCAUGCAAGUGCUCCAGGUGUGCUGUGGCCUAAAGACGCAGACAAUGAUGUAUCUGAAAGAGGAGGAAGCAGGGGCCAUUCUGAGUCUGAUUGUGAGCACCUGUCCGCCAUUCUCACCAGCUGGCGUCACAUUCAUCAAGACCACCCUCUGUGUGCUCCUAGCCUGCCCCUUCCUUAUUAGUGUGGAUGAUUGUGAGACAGCUGUGGUCUCCUGGUUCAAGUGGCUACUGGAGAAACUGCCAGAGUUUGACAGGGCGUGUGGUGGUUGGUGUUCCUAUGGUGAGCUGCUGCUACUCAUGGCCAUUCACUUGAGGGAGGGACAGCUGGACCAGAUUAGAGAGCUUGUCACUGACACACUACAAAUGACAAUAUCCGGCUCUCUAAAGAGUGGCCACUUCAUCAUCUUACGGAAGCUGUUCCUAAGUGUGUUCACUGAAGACGUUGUGUGUGCUCAUGCAGUGAGUGUACCGCCCACCCCCGGCCUCAGUGGUCAUAUGACUGGCUACCUGCCCAUACACUGCGUCCAUCAGCUAGUCAAGACGCGGACUUUCAGGAAACAUGGCAUUCCAGUUAAAGAUUGGAUUUAUAGACAGCUGUCGACUCUUGCUGAAUCCGUGCACCCUGUAUUGGGACCACUCCUCCAAGAGUUCGUGCACUCCAUACUCCUCUCUCCGCUGUUGCCACGGGUAACUACCGCCCCCACAUAUGGCAACAAGAGCGCAGAUAUGUCCCAUCAACCCCUCACAGCUGAAGAGGUUUUGUCUGUGUUCGGCGAGGAGCCAGCUGGUGUGGCGGGUUGCCAUGGCGCUAUAGCAUCACAGGUGGUCAUGUUCUACUAUCUGGUUCUUUAUCAGGACUGCUACCACUCCAACAUGACGGCACUGUUGGUACACUCCAGGACUGACUCGACCACACCUGGUGCAUACAGCUCAUCCAUUGCGGCUCAGAUCCCUCUCAAGUAUCUCCUUACCCACGUCCAGACCCACCAGUCCCUCUACACCUCCAUAUAUCCUUCUCUCCUCAAGAUCACCGCCAUCCACUUCCCACAACUGGGCCUCGUCUGUGAGAUCCUCCAGGAGAGGAAGGAGGAGUCAGCGUUGAGUUGCUUCAAACCAAUUGUCAGUAUUUCCAAAGAGAAGGUCAAUCCGAUAUCAGCAAGAGAGAUUCUCGGUCAGCUUCCAGAUCACCCGUCCCAAGCCCUCCUCCUCUUAUCACACCUGGACACCCUCCCACCCUCACAACUCACACCCUACACCCCCGUACUCCUCUCCACCCUCACACGCCUCCUCAUGCCCACUCUACCACGGAGGAUCCAGGAUUUGUACGUUAACCUCUGGAUCAAGCUCAACGCUCUAGCUCCGAGAGGGAUACUGAUUCAGACGGUGAAUGCCCUUCGACCUCUGGAGAUGGCCCACCUCCGUCCGUACACACACCACUCCAUCGCAGAGGACCCUCUCAUCUUGCUACGCUGUGACAAGAAAGUGUUCAGAUGUCCUCCCCUCUUUGACGUUCUACUGAGGAUGGUAGCCAUGGCAACAUCGUACUCGAGCUUCUGGCUCCGAGACCAUGCCCACACACAGCACUGUGUGGCCACAGCCGAGGGUAAGCUACCCCCCGCGGAGAUGAGUUCACUAAAGGCACAACGAGAGGAGCAGUGUAGCGCGCUGAUAGCUGCUCAGGACAGCGCUAUCGUUCAGCUGCUGUUGGAGAUAUGUCUACCCACUGACGAGGACAAAGAGGAGGAGGGUAGCUUCGGGUCUCAGCUGGGGGUGCUCCAGGAGAUCCACUGUCUGCUCUGUUCCUACCUCCAUCACACCUUCAUAGAGCAGCCUAACCUCGUCAAGCUAGUACACUUCCAGGGUUACCCCACCCAGCUGCUGCCAAUGAUAGUGUCAGGAGUCCCCUCCAUUCAUAUCUGUAUGGACUUUAUACCAGAGCUACUGGCACAACCGCAGAUAGACAAACAGCAAUUUGGGAUCCAGCUAGCGGCUCAUGUGAUCCACCAGUACCCACUACCAGAAGUCCUCCCGAUAGCUGAAGACAUCUUCAAGCGUUUGUUUAUCCUCACCAACGAAAUCCCUGACCAUUUGAGAGAGAACUUCUUCAAGCCUCUUCUGCCCUCCGUCUUGCUUCUCUCUCGCACUUUCCCUCCUCUCUGUUCCGAGGCUACCAAGCUUCUAGUGGGGCUCUGCCGAACCUGCCCGCCCUCCGUUAACGAUGUGUGGGCGGGGAAUUCCCCUAAAGGAGGCGUGUCCGGUAGCCUGGCAAUAACUGCUCAAAGGACUUUUAAUGAACUCGUUAACUGUACAGUAGUGAAAGUUUGAAUUCAUUUGUAGCUCAUAAUUUAUUUAUGUGAGUUUGCGACAAAUUAAUUAUUGAUUUAAAA